AUGUAUACUUUUCAGACGUUCGACGAGAAAGAAAAUUAUAUUAUAAAAAAUAUUCAAAUCAAUAAUUGUUCAAAACGAAGACGCGUUCUAUGUAAAGCAGACCCUUUUAUUGUACAAUCAGAACAUCGUUGCUUUCGUAAGCCAUUAACACUUGGCUUACCAGCAAUAAUAUCAAAUUAUUUAACACAUGAAUUAUGUUUAUCCGUUUGUAAAAAAUUAGAAUUAAAUGCACCUGUGAUAAAUAUUAAUAAAUGUUAUUGUUUUCAUGUUGAUCAUUUUUGGAUAUAUGACUUCGUGCGAGCCAAUACAAAAAAUGGAAAAAAGAAUUGUGCGAAUCCAUGUCCUGUACGGAUAUCAAAUCAUUCUAUUCAAAGAUGUUCACAAACAUCAAGGGAUCUUGACCGAAAUUGUAUCGUUCUUCGUUACCAAGAAACUUCAAUUCACAAUGAAACGAAAUAUGAACGUUGUUUUUCUGCAUCAAAUAAAUGUUCGGCACAAUUUGCUGUACCAGUUUGUGUAGACCUUCAGAUGCAAUUUAAUUCAACCGUUAUUCCUCUAGCUCAAGAUGAAGGCUCGUUAAUUAUCUCCAUUAAUCUAUCAACAGAUUAUUCAUGUGGUGAUGACAUAGUGUCAUUUUAUCGGUGA